UCUUCUCCGUCCGUCUUCCUUGAACUCUGCUUAAGAGGAAGGACUGCAUCGAAAGGCCUGCACUGGAGCAAUGUCCUGGCACCAGACACCUGCUGAUCAGGAACCUAGGGCCGAGGACCAGGGUGUGUGUGCCGCUCGCUUCUUCAGAGGACAUGAAGCCAUCGGUGCCCCACUGGCACCUGGACACGUGGGACUGUGUCCUUGUGACCUUGGAAGGAGCUACCUGAGACUGUCCAUUCAGCUGGCACCCCCAUCCCUGAGCCACCAGAGUGUGGAGAAGAUGCAGACACACCUCGUGCUUCUGCUCAUCGGCUCCUUCCUGACUCCGAUUGGUGCUUCCAUCUUGGGGCGCUGUGUAGUGGCUAAGAGGCUCCACGAUGGAGGCUUGGAUUACUUUGAGGGCUACAGCCUUGAAAACUGGGUGUGCCUGGCUUAUUUUGAGAGCAAGUUCAACCCCUCUGCUGUCUACGAGAACUCACAAUGUGGCUACACUGGCUAUGGCCUCUUUCAGAUCCGAGACAAUGAGUGGUGUGACCAUGGCAAGAACCUCUGCAGAGUGUCCUGCACUGCUUUACUGAAUCCAAACUUAAAGGAUACAAUUGAAUGUGUCAAGAAAAUUGUGAAAGGCAAACAAGGAAUGGGAGCAUGGCCCACCUGGUCCAGGAACUGCCAUCUGUCGGACACCCUAGAAAGGUGGCUGGAUGGUUGUGAUUUGUAG